AUGGAUCCUCUCGGCGCCGCCCUCGUCUGCCUGUGCUGCGCCGUCACCGCCGCCGCCUCCGCCCGCCGCUCGCCGCCGGCGCCCCCGCGCUACUCGGUCCGCGAAGAGGAGCCGCCGGGCACGCUGGUGGGGAACCUGGCCCGCGACCUGGGCCUCACCGCCGAGCAAUUCCGCGCUCGCCGAUUCCGAGCGCUGCGGGGCACCAACGGCUCCGACUACCUCGCCGUGAGCGCCGACGGUGGCGAUGUGCGGGUGAGCCGGCGCCUCGACCGCGAGGCCGCGUGCCGCCGGGCGAGCGCCGCUGGCUCGGGCUGCUCCCUGCUGCUCGGCGCCGUCCUGGAGCGGCCCGCCGAGCUGGUGCGCGUCGUCGUCGACGUGCUGGACGUCAACGACCACGCGCCGUGCUUCCCGGCCGAGAGCGCCCUCCUCGAGGUCGCCGAGAGCGCCGCGGUCGGCACGCGCUUCGCGCUGGACGGCGCCCGCGACCCCGACGCCGGCGCCAACGCGCUGCGGGGCUACGCCAUGGAGCCCGACGACGGCGCCUUCGCCCUGGAGACGCGCGACGGCGGCGGCGGCGCUUUGUCGCCCGUGCUGGUGGUGCGCCGCGCCCUGGACCGCGAGCGCCGGGCCACGCACGAGUACGUGCUCACCGCGCUGGACGGGGGCCGCCCGCCGCUCAGCGGCACGGUCCUGCUCACCGUGCGCCUCCUCGACGCCAACGACAACGCGCCUGCCUUCGAGCGGCCCGUGUACCGGGCGCUGGUGCCCGAGGACGCGCCGGCGGGCACGCUGGUCGCGCGGCUCCACGCGUCGGACCCGGACGAGGGCGCCAACGGGGAGGUGGAGUACGCGGCGAUGCUGGGGGCGCGCGAGACGGCGCGCGACCUCUUCGCGGUGGACUCGCGCUCGGGCCUAGUCACCCUCGUGGGGGCCCUGGACCACGAGGAGGCCGACUCCCACGAGAUGCACGUGCGGGCGCGCGACCGGGGACCCGACUCCGUCCCCGCUUACGCCACGGUGCUGGUGCGCGUCCUGGACGUGAACGACAACGCGCCCGUCGUGCGGCUGUCGGCCCGACCGGGCGACUCCGCGGCCGCCGUCGUCGGCGUGUCCCGGGGGGCGUCGCCCGGCCACGUCGUGGCCUUCGUCCGCAUCCGGGACCGAGACUCGGGCGCCAACGGGCGCGUGACCUGCACGCUCGAGGGCGCGUCGGCCGCGGGGCCCGGCGUGGCGCCGCCGUUCGCGCUCCGCGCCGGACGGGGGGGCGAGGUGUACGCGCUGGCGACGGCGACGCGGCUGGACCGCGGGGCGACCGCCACCGCCGAGUACAACCUGACGGUGGUGGCGCGGGACGACGGAGCGCCGCCGCUCGUGUCGGUCAAGACGUUGACGGUGCGCGUCACGGACGCGCGCCCCGAGGGCCGGCUCCUGGACGACGGCGACAACGGGGACGACGGUGGGGACGGGGACAACGGCUUCGCGACGCCGUUCGUCGCGGUCAUGGCGCUGGCCGCGGCAUCGUGCGUCCUGAACGUGGCUGCGGUGGCGGUGGUGCUGCGCUGCAAGCGGGAGAACAAGGAGCUACGCACCUACCGCUGCGGCGCGGCCGCCCGGGCCAGGACGCCGGCGCGUGACGAGCCGGGGGCGGCCGCCCGCUCCGGCGGCGAGGCGGCAUCCGCCACCGCGCCCAACGCCUACGAGGACAAGUCCUUCCUGCCCUCGGAGGCGGCGGGCGCGGCAAACGCCGGCGCUUG